AUGGAAGGACAAGCUAAACAAGUUGUGUGCGACUGUGGAAUUCCAUGUCGUAUGCAGAUUUCCUCUACCAAACGAAUUCCAGGACGGAGAUUUUACGGCUGUUCGAAGAGAAAUAAUCAAUGCGAUUUUUUUGCGUGGGUGGAUAACGACAUGGCCUAUCAGAUGACGAUGGUCAGGAAUUUGAAAAGUGAGCUUAAUGGCAUGACUGAAGAACGCAACAAAGCUCUACUGGAACUAGUUCAUGCCCAUACUCAGGUGGUAGCUAAAACUGACGAACUGGAGCAACUUAAUGAGGCCUUCGAGGGAUUGAAGGAGUCCAUUGAGAUGUACGAAGAAAAUGUGCUUAUGAUCCAGGAUAGUGGUCUGCAACUUAUGGAGAUAAACAUCUGA